AUGGCAGAAACUUCAGAGAAACACUAUGAGGCAGGGACCGAGGGCCUGCGAACACAGAUCCCCUUAGCAGGCACCGAGACACAAACGGAACCUUCUUCACUCCAGAGUCACGAAUCGCUUGACAAAAGAUCAAGCCACGAAGGCGAGCCAACAUCUCCAACCUCACCAGCAGAUAAUGAUGUGCCCAUCGAGCAACAAUCAGGAGCUCCACUCGAGAAGACUGUGUCAAGAGCAGAUGGAUUCUCAAAGGCCAGGAUUGUAAUCAUCAUGUUCUCGCUCGGAAUGGCGCUCUUUCUGGCCGCUUUGGACGUCACCAUCAUCACCACCGCCCUCCCCACAAUCGCUCAACAUUUCAAUGCAUCCGCCGCAGACUACACCUGGGUUGGCAGCUCUUAUCUCCUCGCCAAUGCAGCCAGUGUACCUCUGUGGGGCAAGUUGUCUGACAUAUGGGGUCGCAAACCUAUGAUCAUUCUGGCCAACGUCAUUUUCAUGGCUGGCAGUUUGAUUGCAGGUAUUUCCAAUUCCAUAGGCCUCCUGAUCGGUGGACGGGUCAUUCAAGGCGUAGGAGGCGGGGGCCUCGUCAUCCUCGUCAACAUUUGCAUUGCUGACCUCUUCAGCAUGAGGGACAGACCAAAAUAUUAUGGUAUCCUAGGCGGCGUUUGGGCCAUUGCUUCCGGGGUUGGCCCAGUCAUUGGUGGCGGUUUCACUGAAGGCGUGUCAUGGCGCUGGUGCUUCUACGUGAACCUACCUUUGGAUGGAUUGUCUUUGAUCUUACUAAUAUUCUUCCUGAAAUUGGAAACACCAAGGACCCCAUUCGUCGCAGGAAUCAAGGCGAUUGAUUGGGUUGGUGUGAUUCUGAUUGUGGGUGGAGUAACCAUGUUUCUCUUCGGAAUGGAAUCUGGGGGUAUUACCCAUCCCUGGGAUAGUGCCUACACCCUCUGUCUUAUUAUAUUGGGCCUUUUCACCAUUGUCUUAUUCUUCAUCAACGAAGCCAAGUUCGCCAAAUACCCCGUUAUACCACUCCGAAUAUUCAACGACAGGUCAAAUCUGGCUUCGCUGGGAGUCUGCGCCGUUCAUGGUUUCGUCUUCAUCGCUAGCAGCUACUUCCUCCCAAUCUACUUCCAGACCGUUCUUUCGGCCAGUCCACUCCUCAGCGGAGUCUAUCUCUUCCCAACGGUACUCAGUCUGUCAUUCGCCUCAGCCGUGGUCGGAGUCGUGAUUAAGAAGACCGGCCGCUACCGUGAGCCAAUUUGGUUCGGGCUGGCAAUGAUGACACUUGGCUCCGGGCUCUUUAUCGACUUCGAUCCCAGCCCGAACUGGGCCAAAAUCAUCAUCUAUCAGAUCAUUGCAGGUAUCGGAGUCGGUCCGAACUUCCAAAGCCCCUUGAUCGCGCUGCAAAGCCAUGUCAAGGGCCACGAUAUUGCCGUAGCGACCGCCACAUUUGGCUUCACUCGCAACAUCUGGACCUCCAUGUCCGUCGUCCUCGGCGGCGUAGUCCUCAACAACCAACUCAGCGGCAAGCAAGCGUACCUCGCCCGUUUCCUCCCCGCAGACGUGGCGCAGCGACUGGCGAACUCCAGUUUCGGCGCAUCGGCCGACUAUGUCAGAUCUCUGCCCCCGGACCAGAAACAUGCCGUCAAUGUCGCCUACACCGAGAGUCUCAAGACCCUGUGGAUCUUCUACACCGCCUUUUCCGCCCUUGGCAUUUUGAUUAGUUUGUUCAUCACCAAGAAGGAGCUGAGCUCCCAGCAUGAGAAAGCUCGCACCGGUAUCGCCGAGCAGGAGCGCGUUCGCCUCGAGGAGAAGGAAGCCAGGCGGGCCAGGCGCAAUACUCUUGACGCCGAAGCGAACGCAAAAAGCGAAUCAUGA